AGUUGGCAGGAAGAGCGAGAGAGCGGGGAGGUGUAUGAUGUCAACAGUGAAAUGAUCUUCACCGUCGGACGAACGCAAGGCCUUUUUAAAUCGUCGAGUCUUUGAUAUUAAUAGUAGUAGACGGGUGGGAUUAUAUCAGUAAUGAUCUGCUUUAUCUCAGAAGUGGCCGUUGUGUGGGGUCUGUCCUUUAAGGCGCAUUGCAGCUUUGCUCAAACACUCUAGUAUCCGCUGCAGCAUCCGGAGGAGUCCACUGCUUUCUACUGGCUGAUUGAACAGCGUUCAAAAGACAUGAAGAAUCUGGGCCAAAACUCUCCCUCUCUACGCAUCUGAGCCGGGUCUGUGUCAGAAGGACCAUGCUUUGCUCAGAACGUGGGGUGGUGGAGGAAUGGCUGUCAGAGUUCAAGACGUUACCUGAUGAGCAAAUCCCCAGCUAUGCCGACAGCCUGGGUCUGAAGAAAGCUCUGGUACCUUCUCUUUAUGCUGUUAUACAGGAGCUACCCAGCAGUGAGCUGCUGGCUCCGGUGUGUCAUCAGUUGUUUGAGUUAUACCGAAGCUCAGAGAUGAGUUUGCGUCAGUUUACUCUGCAGUUCCUGCCUGAACUCAUUUGGGUGUAUUUGCGUCAUUCAGCCAGCAGAGAGCGCUACCGCAACGGCUGCGUGGAAGCAUUGCUGCUGGGGAUCUAUAACUUGGAAAUUGUGGACAGCAAAGGAAACGGCAAGCUGUUGUCAUUCACCAUACCGUCCCUCUCCAAGCCUUCCAUAUACCAUGAGCCAUCAAGCCUGGGUUCAAUGGCGUUAACAGAAGGAGCCCUGAACCAACAUGACCUCAUCCGGGUGGUAUACAGCGGCCUGCUUUCUCAGAGGGAGACGUUUACAUCGCAAAACAGAUUUGAGGUGCUGUCUUUUUUAAUGCUCUGCUACAACUCGGCUGUGGUGUUUAUGCCUGCUUCGUCCCACCAAUCAGCUUGCAGAAUGAGCACACGGCUGUGUGUGAGCGGAUACCCACGGCAGCAGCAGAAGUCAUGGAAGGAUCCGUGUAACCGCGUGCGCUUGGAUCCGGAGUUUAUGGUGCAGAUGCUAACUGCGGUUUAUUAUGCCAUUUAUAAUGGCCAGUGGGACCUAGGGAGGGAAGCUUUGGAUGACAUCCUCUACCGAGCACAGUUAGACCUCCAUGCCCAGCCGUUACUGGUGGCAAAUGCAAUUAGUCGCUCACUUCCAUCCCGGCCUCCAGAGGGCUCACGAAACCUUCUGGAGGUGGAAGUUACACCUGCUGGAAGAUGCGUCUCACAAGCAGCUGUCACCGCCGCCUCCAUUCGUCGGCUUCGCUGGAAACGAGAGGAUUGUUUUGAUUUCUCAACCACGGCUGAAUUCUACGCCUCCAUCACCCCCAGUCGAUACACCCCAUCGGAGAAAUCGGCCAAUGUUGUGCCACAUGGGCGGAUAAAGUGUACCAUUCAUCUUACUUUGCAUGGGGAUACUGAUGGUGUGAGCUGUGGAGAGGACUCUUUUGACCCAGAUGAAGGUUUUUCCUCAGGGGCUUCCAGCAGCAGCCAGCCCAGCAGCGUUAAGCGCGACUGGGUCAUAACUGGAGUCCGGCCGUCCCGAGAUCCAGGAGCCAGGCAGAGAGAAAGCACGUCGGCCGACACCAGAGCCGCCCUCCGAAGGCUUCACCAACGGCACCAGUCGCCUCCGCCCGCCGUCAGCCUCCGCGCGGCAGAGAGCAGUCGCAGCCCGAGUCCCAGCGUUCCUAGAAGGUUCCUGGAUCCCCAUUACAUUCCUCCCUUUGCUGGUCCACCUCCUAAAACCAGCAACACGUCUUCUAGCAAAUCCCUUGACUGUACUGGACUGAAUGGUUCAUCAGGGCCUACAGAUAGCUUGUCUCUAGGAAGUCUCAGUGCAGAAAGGGCUCACUAUAUGUCAGCCAUCAGCUUGCAGGAGGACCGUCUUGAGCAAGCAGCAAAGAACCAAGAUCUCCUCUCCCCUGGGAGUCAGUUUUCAUCGGGAAGUCCUUUGUCUAAACAGUCUCGGUCACCCAGUUUUAAUAUGCAGAUUAUAUCACAGGUGUAGAAUAAUUUUGGAGGGCUGGGCUGUCUGUUUGUGUGUGUGUGAGUGAGAGACAAAGAGUAUAUGAGAAGCUGAGAAAAGGUUAAACGUGCAUGCGUACAAGCAUGUUGUCUUGCGGUGCGUCUGUGAGUGCGUGAGAAUGGAGUUGUGCGCACACCUGCGCUCAUGCAUUUUUAUCUCUACAUUAUGCAUUUGGGUUCGUUCAGGAGGAAAUACGUGUUUUUGCACAACACUAGCGGACAUGUUGAAAAGUGCACAUCCUAGAAGACUGUUGUAAAUGUGCCAUACAAACAUACAAGAGGAACAAUAAUGUGUUACUGUAUCAGAGCAAUUCAAAACAGACAAUCACUGUCAAUGCAUAGAAACAGGCCUGAUAGUGCAUGAUCCAAAGAGUUUUAUCCAGCCCAGCUGUAGGAUGUCUUGAAGAAAAUCUCUCUUCCAUUUCACUGUUUCAGUUGUGUUGAUUGAGCCUGCUUAUUGUUGCCUGUGCUCCACCCAUCCACCAUAGAUAAUAAAUUGUGUGGACUGCCUCAAUGAAACGCUACAUUGUGAAAUGAUAAAACCACGGUAUAUGUUGUACUUUGAAACAAGUUUAUAUUUUAAAUGGUGUAUAUUUGUGUAUAUGAUUAUUGUACUAUAGAAAGAAUAUAUGCUAACAAAAUCUAUAUUGCGUGUACAGAUAGGACGCUAUCUACUGAAUGGUAAAUAAAUGUGCUGUUCAUGGGA